AUGGACCUCACGUCCGAGGAGCUUGGUGAUUGGUAUGUAAAGCUAGAGGAGGUCGGAAAUGUUCACAAUAUCAAUAUUGUGACGCCAGAACAUGUGGUGCCGCAGGUGGCAUUGAGUAUCCUCCAUGCGAGGGACCGUGGUCUGACAGUUCCCAUCGUUUACAACACCUCAAGCUUUGACUCUCUUGCAUCUCUGGAGCUGAUGGAUGGAUUGGUUGAUAUCUACCUGGCUGACUUUAAGGUGUGGAAGCCGAGCACUUCCAAAAGGCUACUCAAGGCGGAUGAUUACGCCGCGACGGCCAAGGAGAGCAUCAAGGUAAUGCACGCUCAAGUCGGCGACCUGUGCUUCACCGGGGAUGGCAUCGCCAAGAAAGGUCUGUUGAUCCGCCAUCUUGUUAUGCCUGGAAAAGAGGACGAAGGGGCAGAGAUCAUGAGGUUCUUAGCAAAGGAGGUAUCUCCAGAUUGCUUCGUCAAUAUCAUGGAGCAGUACCAUCCAGAUGCUCACGUUGGCAAACCAAAGCGAGCAAAGUCCGACAGUAAGCAAGAAAAAGAAGAAGUCCGGUACGCAGAACUCAAUCGACCUGUCAAUAACGAAGAGGUCUCCUCAAUUAGGAAAGCCGCGCAGGAGGCUGGGCUUUGGCGGUUCAACGACCCACCAAGGCAUGAUGGGUUUGCUAUCUAG